AUGCGAGAACGCAUGGUUCCUGUCUGGCAGAACAACGACCAACGAGACAUUCUCUGGGCGGGGAUCUAUGGCUCAGUGGCACGUAAUCAUGCCCACGAAGAAUCCGACAUCGACGUCUGCAUUGUACUGAAAGAGCAUUGCGGAUCAGGCGAACCUGUAGAUCUUGAAGAGCGGCUUGCCGAGGCUUGUGGAUGUGAAGUUUCGCUCCUGUGCAUCUGCCAAGGACCAGAUUGGGCCUGGGGCCACGUCCGCCUAGAAGCGCUACUUUCGAGUCAUACCGUCUAUGGAAAUCGUCGGGACGUCGAACAUCUCCGCCAGGAGGCGAUGAUCUUCCUAAACGAUGGUCUCACAAGGCUCGAUUUCUAUAUCUGA